AUAUAUAACCGAGGAGCUACUUCCUGAAAUCCUCAUUACAGACUAUCUGGGUAUGUAAAGAGAGAGGGAGAUAUGUCAGGCAAGGAGAAGAAAGCAGCCUUAGAAGAGAAACUCCAGCUUCUGCGCUCCGUUACAAAGUCAAAUGCGGAAAACAAGACGUCAAUCCUGGUAGAUGCGUCGAAAUACAUCAAGGAGCUCAAGGACAAGGUUGAAGAAGCUUCAGCAGCUGACAGUAGCAGCUCUACUACUGCCAGCAGCGCCAUGGCAGCAACAGUGAGUGUGUCAUCAGUGGAACUGGACAGCAACAGUAGUAGCUGCAGGAGAGGCUUCAUAAUCAACGUGUCCAUGGAGAGGAGCAGGCCGGGGCUGCUGGUGUCCGUGCUGGAGGCCUUCGAGGAGCUCGGCCUCGACGUCCUCGACGCCGACGUCUCCUGCGCCGACGACACCGCCUUCCGUCUCCAAGCGCUGGGAUCUGGUCAGUCCCAGCAGGGGAAAAGCGUGGAUGAGCAAAUGGUUCGGCAAGCGGUGUUGCAGGCCAUCAGCAAGUGCAUGGACGAUGACCAUGAGUAACACAUUAUUGGUUCCAUACAGAGCUCAACUAUUAAAGAUCGAGACCUGAACUGAGCCAUUGGUCCUUGGAGUAUACGGGAACUUUUUCAUCAGUAAUGUGGUCACCUGUGUGUUGCAAUAUAAUGCAAAAGGUCACACUUGAGAUCAGAAUUCAGACAUAUGCAUGUACACGUCACUCAGAAACAACUGCGGCAGCAUGCAGGUUUCAAGCUCCUCUA